AUGGUCAGUUCAAGCGCAAAGAUCAUAACGCCUAAUGGUGAGAAGUGGGACGAGUUUGAAUUCAGCAUCUGCAAGGCUCUCUUGGAGCUGGAGAUGAACUCGGAACUAAAGGCCCAGCAAAGGGAGCUGAAUAUAACAGUAGCCAAAGAAACUGAAGGUGGUGGCGGUCGGAAAGCUAUUAUAAUCUUUGUUUCUAUACCUCCACUGAAAUCUUUCCUGAAAAUCCAAGUCCAUCUAGUACGUGAAUUGGAGAAAAAGUUCAGUGGGAAGCAUACUGUCUUUAUUGCUCAAAGAAUUCUGACUAUGCGAACUCAAAAAAGCCGUACAAAAAAACACAACAACAAAAAAAGCCGUACAAAAAAUAAGCAAAAGAGUCCCAGGAGAUGCACUCUGACAGCCGUGCACAAUGCAAUCCUGGAGGACUUGGUUUUCACUAGUGAAAUUGUGGGCAAGAGAAUUCACGUGAAACUGGAUGGCAGCCAGCUUAUAAAGGUUCAUUUGAAUAAAGCACAGCAGAACAACGUGGAACACAAAGUUGAAACUUUUUCUGGUGUCUAUAAGAAGCUGUCGGGCAAGAAUGUUAAUUUUAAAUUCCCAGAGUUUUCAGUUAUACACAAAAAUGACUAA